AAUGUUCAUAGAAUACUAUUAUUAUGUUUUAAAAUUGUUAAUUUAAAUUAUUUUAAUAUAAAUUUUAGAUGGGAACCCAAGAAGCAUCAUGCUCGAAGGACUUUGUUAAAGUCUGUUUUCAUUUAUAAAAAGCAUCGUGUGCAGUAUGAAUUUCGGACUUAUUUCAGGAUUUUUGAACUAAAGCAUUUGACAGGAUCAACUGCUGAUACAUAUUUAGAAUAUAUUCAAAGAAAUCUGCCAGAGGGUGUGUCUAUGAAAGUUACUAAACAUCGCAUAGAAAAACUUCCUGAACAUAUUGCAAAUUAUGUUCCAGAAAAGAAGCCUUCUAGUGUUAAUAAAUAAUAGUUUGUUUUGUGAGUCAUUAUAAUAGCAUGUAUUAAACUUUUUUAAUAAACAUAUGUUUGUGUUUU